AAUCAGUAGGACGUAGGUGUAGGUUAGGUUAGAGGGGAAGUGGAGAUGGAAACAGGAAAUUCAUGAUCAUAUGUAUCUGGUAAUCUGGCUUCAAUCAGUAUGUCUAUAUGUAAAAAACUUGUAGUGAUACGCACAGUCACACACAGUGUACGGCUAAUUUAGAAAUGAAGUGUUACGUGUGAUAAUUGCGUUGAAGUGGUGAACGUAAGCUACACAUCGUACUUCCUUUUACUAGUCGAUCGAAUACAGUGGACACCGUGAAAGUAUAGCAUGCCGCAGUUUCAUAAGAUCGAGAUCAACAGGACGGAAUGGGAGGUACCGAAACGAUAUCAAUUGCUUACUCCCGUUGGCUCAGGUGCUUACGGUCAAGUCUGUUCGGCCGUCGACACAACUACUGGACAAAAAGUGGCAAUUAAAAAAUUAGCCAGGCCAUUUCAGUCAGCUGUACAUGCAAAACGCACAUACAGGGAAUUACGUAUGCUAAAACACAUGAAUCAUGAAAAUGUGAUAGGAUUGUUAGAUGUAUUUCAUCCGUCAUCAUCUUUGGAAGAUUUUCAACAUGUAUAUCUAGUCACACAUCUAAUGGGCGCUGAUCUCAAUAAUAUUGUCAGAACACAGAAGCUUUCUGAUGAUCACGUGCAAUUUCUUGUCUAUCAAAUACUUCGUGGCUUAAAGUAUAUCCACUCUGCAGGAAUAAUACAUAGAGAUUUGAAACCAUCUAACAUAGCGGUCAAUGAGGAUUGUGAAUUGAAAAUAUUGGACUUUGGCUUAGCCAGGCCUACAGAAAAUGAGAUGACUGGUUAUGUUGCCACUAGAUGGUAUAGAGCACCCGAAAUUAUGCUGAAUUGGAUGCAUUACAAUCAAACAGUUGACAUUUGGUCAGUAGGAUGCAUUAUGGCCGAGUUGUUAACUGGAAGAACACUAUUUCCUGGAACAGAUCACAUUGAUCACCUAACACGAGUGUUAGUACUCUGUGGCACACCCACAGAGGAAACAUUAAGCAAAAUUACUAGUCAAGAGGCCAGAAAUUAUAUUCAGAGUUUACCGCCACUGAAGAAAAAAAAUUUUAAAGACGUAUUUCGUGGAGCUAAUCCUUUAGCUAUUGAUUUGUUGGAAUUGAUGUUGGAAUUGGAUGCAGAAAAAAGGAUCACUGCUGAGCAGGCUUUAGCACAUCCAUAUCUUGCACAAUAUGCAGAUCCAACUGAUGAACCUGUUUCUCUACCAUAUGAUCAAAGUUUUGAGGAUAUGGACCUACCAGUUGAAAAAUGGAAAGAACUUGUAUACCAUGAAGUUGUGAAUUUUGUUCCACAGCAGCUACCCACAUUGUCUUCAACAAUUGAAACUACUUCUUAAAAAUACAUUCAUAGCGUGAGUCAUAUGAAUUUAACAGUAAGAUAUGAUAUAGAGAUUAACACAGAAUAAAAUCGUGAAUAAGAUAUAUAUAUAUAUAUAUAUAUAUAUAUAUAUAUAUAUAUAUACACGCACUAAACAUAUAUACACAAUUGUUAUAUACAAAAACCACAAUGUACAUAAUUUAUAGAUAACAUUUCAGUAGUUAUUCAAGUUUGUUUAUGCAAAUGAUAGAAUGUAUAUUUUUGUUAAAUGGGAAAACAAAACAUUUAUUGUUUAAUUUGAUUAUUAAUUGAAUAUCGAUUUAUCAACAAUGUCUAUUCUUACACAAUAUGUCUGUGUAUAAAUUUUUUUAGUUAUUUUAUUAGAUAUCAUCUUUUAGAACGAAAUUGCACACUAUAAAAUUAAUUUAUAAU